AACGAUUUUUCCCAGUCGGAACACUUUUUCCGAGUUCCCAGUUUUCUUGAACGAACUGAAGUCAGAGAAUACCGAGUUCCAAGUUGUUUUGAACGCGGCAUAUAUUACGGGAAUUACCUAAUCGUGUCGCAUUUGAAUAGAGAAAGUGCGCAGUCAGUGGUGUCCAUUGGGGUACUGCCGAUGCUAGUGGCAAGCAUGUUGCGUCUACCUGCGGUGAGUCGCGCUCUCGGAGUCGCUCACUCUACAGGGAGCGUGGCAAUCACAAAAAAUGUUCACAACGCAGCUACAGCAGCAGCCAGUAACCUGCUGGAGGUAUUUGUGGAUGGGAAGCCACUUAUGGUGGAACCAGGAACCACAGUGCUGCAGGCAUGUGAAAAGGUGGGAGUGCAGAUUCCUCGCUUCUGUUACCAUGAGCGCCUGUCAGUUGCAGGGAACUGUCGGAUGUGUCUCGUGGAGAUUGAGAAAGCUCCAAAGCCAGUGGCAGCAUGUGCCAUGCCAGUCAUGAAGGGUUGGAACAUUUUAACGGACUCUGACAAAACAAGGAAAGCUAGAGAGGGUGUGAUGGAGUUCCUGUUGGCCAAUCACCCUUUAGACUGCCCAAUCUGUGACCAGGGGGGAGAAUGUGACCUUCAGGACCAGUCCAUGCAGUUUGGCAGUGACCGGAGCCGCUUCUUGGAGAGCAAGAGAGCUGUGGAGGACAAGAACAUUGGUCCCCUCAUCAAGACCAUCAUGACCCGCUGUAUCCAGUGCACCCGAUGUGUCCGCUUUGCCAGUGAGAUUGCAGGUGUGGAGGAUCUGGGAACCACUGGAAGGGGCAAUGACUUGCAAAUUGGCACUUAUGUGGAGAAGAUGUUCAUGUCAGAGCUGUCUGGGAAUGUAAUUGACAUAUGCCCUGUGGGAGCACUGACUUCCAAGCCGUAUGCCUUCACUUCCCGACCCUGGGAGACCAGGAAGACUGAAUCCAUUGACGUGCUGGAUGCGGUGGGCAGCAACAUCAUAGUGAGCACCCGGGGUGGUGAGGUCAUGAGGAUUCUGCCCCGUCUCCAUGAGGACAUCAAUGAGGAGUGGAUCUCAGAUAAGACCAGGUUUGCCUACGAUGGGCUGAAGCGGCAGCGCCUCACUCAGCCCAUGGUGAAGGAUGCGUCUGGACAGCUGGUUGCCACUUCCUGGGAGGAUGUGCUGACUAGAGUGGCUGGGGUGUUGCAAGGAGCCCAAGGCACCAGUGUAGCGGCCAUUGUAGGAGGGAUGGUGGAUGCAGAGGCUCUAAUCGCCCUGAAAGACAUGCUGAACCGCUUGAAUAGUGACCGCCUAUGUACCGAGGAGAUCUUCCCCAUGGCUGGGGCUGGUUCUGACCUGCGCUCAAACUACCUACUGAAUUCCCGCAUCGCUGGCAUUGAAGAGGCUGAUUUGCUGCUCCUAGUUGGCACCAACCCACGCUAUGAGGCACCACUUUUCAACGCACGCAUCAGGAAGAGUUGGCUUCAUAACGAGCUGCAGGUAGCCUUGGUGGGGCAGGAGGUGGACUUGACCUACACAUACGAUCACCUUGGGGAGUCUGCUAAGGUCCUGCAGGAAAUAGCUGCUGGGACCCACCCCUUCUCUAAGGUUCUUGCCAAGGCAAAGCGUCCUGUCGUGGUGUUGGGCAGUGGUUCCCUGCAGAGAGAGGAUGGGGGCGCAAUACACGCAGCAGUGUCUACCAUUGCUCAGAAUGCCCGUGUUAGCAGUGGAGUGGAGGAAAGCUGGAAGGUUCUCAAUGUGCUUCACAGGGUGGCCAGUCAAGUAGCUGCAUUGGAUCUUGGGUACAAGCCAGGCGUGGAGGCCAUCAGGAAGAAUCCGCCCAAAGUCCUGUUCCUCCUUGGGGCCGAUGCUGGCUGCAUCACCCGCCAAGACCUGGCAAAGGACAGCUUCAUCAUUUAUCAGGGGCACCAUGGAGACGCUGGGGCGACGAUGGCUGACAUCAUUCUCCCUGGAUCAGCGUACACAGAGAAAUGUAGCACCUAUGUGAACACUGAGGGGCGCGCCCAACAGACUAGGCUGGCUGUGACUGCUCCAGGCAUGGCCAGGGAGGACUGGAAGAUCAUCCGCGCCAUAUCUGAGCUUGCUGGAUUGACACUGCCCUAUGAGACCAUGGAUGAGGUGCGUGACAGAUUGGCGGAGGUUUCACCCAACCUGGUGCGCUAUGAUGACGUGGAGGAGGCUAACUAUUUUAAGCAGGCAAAUGAACUGGCCAAGGCUGUGAAUCAGACCAUCCUCACAGAGCCUCUGGUUCCUCCACAGCUCACUGUUCGAGACUUUUACAUGACAGAUCCUAUCAGCAGAGCCUCCCAGACAAUGGCUAAGUGUGUGAAGGCUGUAACAGAAGGAGCCCAAGCUAUAGAGGAACCAUCCAUAUGCUGAAGCUCUGUUUUCAGGGUCAUUCCUCUCUAAAUGUAACAUGUCUAUCCAACUCUCACAUACUUGCAGAAAUAACCAUUAGGCUUACAUAUAUCCAUAGACAUAUCCAUAGAUGUGCCGUACAGUGUCAUUGUAAUAGAUGCCUGUUCAACUCUCACACACCUAUAGAAAUCAUUGCACACCUACAAAAAUAUACGAAUGUAUGUCAUGAAGUCAAUGCAAUAGAUGCAGUACCUCAUACAAUUCUCACUUUAACAACAGCUGUGGCACAUCCAUAGAAACAUAUUUAUUAUGCAGUAAAGUUAUUGUAAUAGAUGGCUAUUCCAUUCCUAACUAUACACACAACUUCCUACACGCACAACUUCCUAUGCUAUUGUAUACACACAACUUCCUCAUACCCUUAAUGACCAAAUGCAGUGCAAGCACCUUUCAGUCUUCCAGCUGACAAUGGCAUAGAUCAUUUAUUUCCUAUAUGUAUAUUACCUUACCACUGUGAAUUGUGUAUAGAUUGUAUUUUCCCCAAUGACUGAGAAUACGCUGCUUUGUAGAUAAUGUAUACAAGAGUAUGUGUAAUAAAUCUAUUUUUCUUCA